AUGUCAGCCUCACUGCCCGGCGGGAUGACCGCCGAGCAACUCGACGAGAUCUACCAAUUUGCAAUCGACCUGGGUAAAAAGGCCGGACAGAAGCUGCUCGAUGGAAUGCAUUCGCGAAUCACCGGAAAUGAUAUACUCCAAACAGCCGACGCAAAUACGAGCAACAACCUGGCGUUUACAGAGAAAGAUAACGCGGUUGAUAUCGUGACUCAGGUUGAUGAAGACGUGGAACGGUUUAUACACACAGCUAUCGAGACGAAAUAUCCAACACACAAGUUCAUCGGCGAAGAAACGUAUUCGAAAUCGUCCGCACGAGACUACCUCAUCACCCCAGACCAUCCUACAUGGUGCGUCGAUCCCCUGGAUGGCACCGUCAACUACACACAUUUGUUCCCUAUGUUCUGCGUCAGCAUCGCCUUCCUGCUCGACGGCCAGCCCGUUAUCGGAGUCAUCAACGCUCCCAUGCUCAAUCAAACAUUCUCGUCGUGUGUCGGGCGCGGUGCCUGGCUUAAUGAGACUACUCCGCUGCCCUUGAUUCGGAACCCCAGUAUUCCGCCGAUGCCCGCGAAUGCGCCGGGGAAAUGUGUGUUCUCAUGUGAAUGGGGCAAGGACCGGAGGGACUCUCCCGGAGGGAAUAUGCAUAAGAAAAUAGACAGUUUCGUUAAUAUGGCUGCUGAGAGAGGUGGUCGGGAUGGGUUAGGAGGCAUGGUACAUGGCGUGAGGAGUCUGGGAAGUGCGACUCUGGAUCUGGCGUACACGGCUAUGGGGUCGGUCGAUAUUUGGUGGGAGGGGGGCUGUUGGGAAUGGGAUGUCGCGGCCGGAGUUGCGAUUUUGUUAGAAGCCGGAGGACUGAUGACAACGGCAAAUCCGCCAGAAGACCCAGAGACAGCGCCCAUUGAAGAUGUGAGACUCGGAAGCCGGCUAUACCUGGCUAUAAGACCAGCCGGCCCGUCGGCGACAGAAACAGGUCGACAAUCACAAGAGCGCGCUGUGCGCGAAGUAUGGAAACGCGUCAAACAACUCGAUUACAUCAGACCGGGUGCUUAG